CACCUAGUUAGCUCAUUACUGCCACUGCCAGGUUCCAGCUACGUGGUCGACAUGGCGACCGACGAAAUACAAAAAUAUUAGCUAUCAUAAAAACAGCUGAAGGUUGAUGGCAUUUAAUUGGAAAUUGUCAUACCACAUACUGAGUGUUCAUAAUGUCUGAACAAUUAGAUGAAAAUUGAUGUUCGGAAUAGUUUUAUUUUAUUACAGUGGAAUCUGUCAGAUCUUUUGCAUCACUCUGUUUUUUCGAAAAGAAAAGAAACCCCACGCGACAACACUUUAGGAUCUACCUUUCUUUGAAAAAGAAAGCAUCCGUCGAAGCUACAGUGCUUCCCCCAGAGACCUCCGUGGGUGACGAUGCCUGUGCAAGCGCCGCAAUGGACGGAAUUCCUGCUGUGUCCCAUCUGCACACAGCUGUUCGAGGAGAGCCUCCGCAAGCCCAUCAGCCUGGGCUGCGGCCACACCGUCUGCAAGAUGUGCCUGAACAAGCUGCAUCGCAAGGCCUGCCCCUUCGACCAGACGGCUAUCGCCACCGACAUUGAGCUGCUGCCAGUCAACACAGCCCUGCUGCAGCUGGUGGGAGGACAGGUGCCCAAACGGCAGCCGACCACCUUGGUGACAGGGGCAGAGGACAUAGCCCACUAUGAGAAAGCCAGUGAGUGUGUGGAGGAGCUGGCUCAGUACCUGAAACCCCUGAGCAACAGCAGAGGUGUGGGGCUGAGCACCAGCAGCGCCCAGAGUUCUCUGAGUCGGCCCAUGCAGAGGAAGCUGGUGACCCUGGUGCACUGUCAGCUGGUGGAGGAGGAGGGCCGGGUGAGGGCCACGCGGGCGGCCAGGUCUCUGGGGGAGCGCACCGUCACUGAGCUCAUUCUGCAGCACCAGAAUCCCCAGCAGCUCUCCUCCAACCUGUGGGCUGCAGUCAGGGCAAGGGGCUGCCAGUUUCUCGGCCCAGCGAUGCAGGAGGAGGCUCUGAAGCUGGUGCUUUUGGCUCUGGAGGACGGCUCCGCUCUAUCCAGGAAGGUCCUGGUGCUGUUUGUGGUCCAGAGGUUAGAGCCACGCUUCCCCCAGGCCUCCAAGACCAGCAUAGGCCACGUGGUGCAGCUCCUCUACAGGGCCUCCUGCUUCAAGGUGACCAAGCGUGACGAGGACUCGUCCCUGAUGCAGUUGAAGGAGGACUUCUGGACGUACGAGGCGCUGCGGCGCGAACACGACUCCCAGAUCGUCCAGAUCGCAAUGGAGGGGGGCCUCCGCAUCGCCCCUGACCAGUGGUCUUCCCUGCUCUACGGGGACCAGUCGCACAAGUCCCACAUGCAGUCCAUCAUUGACAAGUUGCAGACGCCAGCGUCGUUUGCUCAGAGUGUUCAGGAGCUGACCAUCGCCCUGCAGAGGACAGGUGACCCGGCCAACCUGAACCGCCUGCGACCACACCUGGAGCUGCUAGCCAACAUCGACCCAAGUCCAGACUCCCCUCCCCCCACGUGGGAGCUGCUGGACACGGGCUUGGUGGCAGUGAAGACUGUGGUACACGGCCUGGUGGACUUCAUCCAGAACCACAGCAAGAAGGGGAGCGACCCACAACAGCCACCCCAGCACAGUAAAUACAAGACGUACAUGUGUCGGGACAUGAAGCAGAAGGGGGGCUGUCCUCGAGGAACCAGCUGCACCUUCGCCCACUCUCAGGACGAGCUAGAAAAGUACCGCAAGAUGAACAAGCGGCUCGCUGCCCGCCGGCCCCUCAGCUUAUCCCUGACGCAGCUGAACGAGGUUGGCCUAUUGCCCGAGGAGGUGGGGAUGCUGGAGGGGCUGGCACACAAGGGCUUGACGAAUGGCAUGGUGGCGUCGGUCACAGGCUCCGCCCUGCCCCAGCUCAUCUCCCGCGGUGCCGACCCCUCCUACGAGCCCAUGAUGCGGAAGUCCCAGGGAAGCCUAAGUGCCCCCAGCUCUCCUCCAGACUUACUGGACCCGGUGCCCAAUCGGGCCAUGGCCCAUCCCAGGAUGGCAGUGGACCACCUGGCCAUGCACAAGCAGAUGCCCAGGAGGCCCUCCAUGUACCCCCCUCAGCAGGGAGAACUCUUCUACCCCCCUGAGCCCAGGGCACCUCCAUCAGCCCUGCAGUAUGAGGCCUCCCAGAACGCCCCAGGUAACCCCCCCUACCCCUACCAGCCCUCUCAGUACCCACCCCAGGCUCGCUACGUCCGAAACCCCCCUCCCACCAACGACCCGGCCUUGCCCCCUACCCCGGCACCUACCCCCAGGAGCGCCAGUGUCCCCCUCCCCCUCAGCUCUCGAGUUCCCACUUCUCCAAUGCCAACCCCCAAGGGUUUGCGCCUCCUCCACAUUAUGACGGCCGUCGACACCCCGCCUACCCCCCUCCACCACCACAGUCCUAUCCCCACCGGGAGGACCCCUCCAUGCCUGCGGACGAGGCCUCCAGAGAAAGAUACCUUCCUGAGGGUUACCACCCCUCUGGCCCCCACCCCAGAGUCUUACAGCCGGCCCCAGCCCACUCCCAGUCUGGACUACUUGCACCGCCGACGCCAGGAGAUCAUGGCCCAGCUGGAAGACGGGAAGCAGGUCACUCCUCCACCCUUCGCCCCCUCACCUACUCUGCCACACCACUACGAGUCCAACUACACACAGGAGCAACAGCAGUACUUGGAAAACUCACAAGCGUUUUCAAAGUACCGCGAGCCAGACUACGCGAGCCAGUACUCUCCUUGGUCAUGUGACACUAUCGGCUCCUACAUUGGCAGCAAGGAGGGGAAGUCCAGAGACAGUAUGGAGAGGAUGAAUGCUGAGGGGAAAGGUGUGGAAGGCAGGCGCAGGGCUGCUGAGGCCAGAGAUGACGACCCUAUCAUCCCCUUCGGCUCUCUGCCCACCGUGUCACGCUUCGGGGUGAUCUCCCGCACCCCCAAGACGGGCUACUUGACUGCCGGGCCGGGGCAGGCCAUGACCCUCUCACAGGGGACCAAUGGCCCCAAACACGGCGCUGCAACAGGGUGGGGUGCUGCCGGGUACAGCCAGCCCCCUCAGGCCCACCUCAGUGAACGGCCAGUCAAGGAGAGGGAGCAGCUGACGAUGGAGCUCCAGCAGGUCAAUCAGCAGAUCAACAAGCAGACUGCCCAGGCGGACCAUCCCAGCCCGGAGGAGUGGUCGUCAGGGAACAUCUCCAGCCAACAGCUGAGCCUGGAGCUCCACCAUGUGGAGAGGGAGAUCGGCAAGAGGACCCGCCAGAUAGCCCUGGAGCACCUUGUGAGUCAUGAUGGGAGUGGGGCGUAUAAGCUGAAGCCCACUGAGAACGGGCAGAGAGCGGAGCACUCGUUGGUCCUCAGUGAGGGCUGUAACGGUCCCAGUGGUGUGCUGCAGGACGGCAGUGUGGCCAGCUGUGGUUUGUCCUGCCUUACCAGCAAGACCUCGUCCCUCAGCCUGUCUGCAGACCUCUCCAUCGCUGGGGGCACUGACCGAAAGACCAACGGCGUGGUCCCCCUGUGCUCCUAGCCACACAACUGGAGUCUGGUAUUACCACCACAGCUACAACUAACUGAUCAGUCAACCACAUAGAGCCUUGGGAAACCCUUCGUCCUCUGAACGUUAGAACCGUUAGAACCGUUCCACUGUCAUUUUGAGACACACAACCAGGUCCUCCAAACUGUCUGGUAUACCCUACCUACAUCUACAUUUGCAAAAUCUGAUUGACGCCACUAAGAGAAUUUUAACUUGAUUGCAAAACGUGGAGAGAGAGAGGCGGCACCUCUCUCCUUGCUUAAAAUGGCAAGAGACCGUUCUAGGUUUCUUACAAAGAGGGAUUUGUGAUAGAAGGGCUAGGAGUAUCGAAGUAACUGAAAAAGCCACUGAUUUGCAAAUGUGGAUGUAGUGCCAUCAUAGACAACGGCACUUCAUUUGAUACAACACAAAUUUGCACACUUGCAACUUUAGUCUGUCUACAACUAAGCAGUAUCUGCCCUGAAUUUAAUAUUUUUUCAUUUGAGUUUUUUUUGUUCUGUGAAUGAAUGUUUUUUUCAUAUAAAAUCUCACCCUGCCUUGGAAACAAGAUGUUUAGAUUCCAUGAACUCAAACCCAAUAAUGAUUAGAAGAAUAAUAUAACGAUGAGACCAGUUCCUUGGUUUCAAAUAGAUAAGGCCACCAUAAUCGCAUUGACAUUAAUUACAUCUGUUAGCUUCAAAAUGUGCAAUUUUUUUGUUGUAUUUUUUGGUAGCAUCGCUACAGCAAUAUUUGUGCUUAGCAUAUAUGCAUGUCCUGAAAUGCAGACUUUGUUUGGAAUUAAUUGUAAGUUCUUGUUUCUAAGCUGCAAUGUUAUUCGCCUACUUUUUUUUUUUUUUUUUUUUUUUUUUUUUUCCGUUAAGUUUGACUCUUGGUUCUCGGGAGGACAUUUACAUCUUAUCAAAAUAUCUCCAUCGCAUAGAAACAAUACUUGUUGGCAAACGGCUGUGAAUAUGUUUGCGCAUAUCCAAGAUAAUACAAAUUGAAGAUGACACUGGCCUCUUGAAGGCAGAGAACGCCUUUCAACUGGGCAAUUUUGAGAUUUAGAUGAAACUAUCAGAUACAUUUUAACAAGAAGAAAAGGCUCCCUUGUGUCCACUUCAGUGGCUUGACCCUCUUCUGGCAUCUCCCCUCACUACUAACACCACCUUCAGGAUAUUUACUUCAGCCUCUACCAUCCAUGCUUUGGUAUGGGGCUGAUGAGGAAAAGGAUAUAUACAUUUAGGCUUGGCAUUCAAGCUGUCGUCUUUUGGGUGUAAUUUAAAUGCAGUGAUGGACUAGGUGGGAGGGAAUCACAACAUGGGUCAAGCAUACGUCUGCCUGUUGAUGGGGGGGGUCAGAGGUACUGGGUAUAUGGAGUAAAGGAAACAGGAACGAAGCCAGACAUGACCCAGACAUGAAUUUGAGACCUUGAUAUACAAAACAUAUUUGCACUUUCAUAGCUUUAAGGAUGGUUUGUACUGAGUAUAUGUAUUUAUUAAAUGUACAGUAUUUGCAUCCUGAGGAUGGAUAUAACAUUAAAAGGUCAAACUUAAAACCACAUUCUGUUUUAAGAACGUGUAGUUCAAGAUGGCCAUGGUUGCUCCCUAAGGUCCUAAUAGUGUUGGCCAUGUUGUACAGAGCAGGGUUCAAACACCCACUCUGUUUUUAUACAUCAAUCUACUGUAAAAUGAUUUAUUUAUUUUUCUGUAGAGUUACGACAUGUUCACUUCCACAAUUGUGACACCCGGUAUGCUGUCAACAUACCCGUAACACCGCAAAUUACAGGAAAGGUGAAAUUCCUUUUUCAGUUCCUCAUCUCCACUCCUCUGAGCACCUUUUUCACCAAUCGCAGCAGACAUUUGUCUAGUUUUAAUUUAUUUUAACUUCCAAGAAGUUGCUCUAGUAAAAGGGUUUGUGAUGCGUUCCUGGAGGAGGCUUUAAUCAUUUGUAGAUGGGGGUCGAUGCAUAGGUGGUGACAGGCCACUGAACUGGGCUAAGGCAGAACUACAGUUAGCAAAGCAGUUAGCAUCACUGGAGACAACCACAGCACCACCACACAGGGUGAGAGGAGACUAGGAAAGGCAUUUUGAUGACACCAAAUAAGUGCUUUUUCCCAAAUAUGAACAAAUUAAGUGCUGCAGUUGCAUUAUCUGCAUUACUUUUACAUAUUUUAUGUGCUUAAAUUAUCGCCACCCCUCACACAGAUGCAAUUUGUUACUCCCAGAUGCAUGCGAACUAUGAAAUUAAGUACUGCAAGCUUACUUUCCUUCUUGGUAAGAUUAAUUCACAGAAUGUAUUCAAAGGUGUCAUAUUGUGAAAUGGUGGCUGGGAUAUUCCAUUUGAAUUCAAAAUAUAUCCAACAACUGGAUUAGUCAAACUUGUUUUAAAUCUAAUCUUUGUCUUUAUGGAAAUAUUUAAAUAUGUUUUUUUAUUUUUUAUUGUUACAUCUCACUUUUUGAGAUUUUAUUUCAAAUAUGAAAUGGCUUACACUGUAUAUGUAUAGACUAUAUACACAUUAUACUGUACUGUAUUUGUACAGUAUAUGCACAUUAGAGUAUAUACACAUUAUACUGUGUGUAUAUACACAUUAUACUGUAUUUUCAAAGCCAGACAAUGACAGACUUAAGUCAAUUCGUCUCCUAUAGAAGUUCUCUGCCUUCUGUGCACAUGACAUUGAAAUGUCCAUUAGUCCUCAAAAGUUGCUGCCUUUUUUUGAGUUCUCCCCAGUUUGUCCCAAUGCUUUGUCUGCACUCAUGUCAGAGCAUUGGAUAGCAAUCUAGCAAUAUUAUAGAAAAUGACUGUUAUCAAGAGGACAAUGUAGGCUACUCAAUGCAGUUUGCAUUACUCUUCAUGCUAAUCAUAACCAAUGGUCCUUCAACCCUCCUUAUUAAUUGUGACAGAGUUAAGGACAUGAGGACACAGUCCCUUAAUUGGCAUGGCAUCAUGCAUGUUUGUGGUUACAGAAGUUAUCUGGCUUUAGUCACCUCUGUAUCAGGUAGAGGGAAAUUAAUUGCGUUGUAGUGUUGCCAUCGUGGUGGCUAAAUUAUGGUGGUUGUUUUGUAGUAGUUUUAGAGCACUUCAUAGGAAAAUAAAAUAUCAUUGUGCAAAAGCACCUGUAGUUCUGGGGCUGAACAGAACUGCAGUCAACUAUGCUGUGUGCAUACAUAGCCCAGAAAUAUUUUGUCAUAAGGUCACAUGACUUGCUUUCCAUACGGAAAGAAUUUCCAUAUGAUAUAUUUGUUUGAUCUCUGUGGCUUUGACAGCCCUGACUUUCUGCCAGGAACUUCAUGUUGGUUAUCUGAAGAGCAGUGUUGUUCCAGAGGUCAAAUGACUAUCAAUACAUCUGUCAAACCAUAUGGUAAAAUCAACUACAACAAUCGCAUUUGGGACUGAACUUCAGGUAAUGCUUACGGUUCAGUUUCAGAUAGCUCUAUGUAUUUGGACGAAUGUUCCUCCAUCAGUGUCAUCAAUACAACAUGUCUCCUUACUCCUGUACAUCCAUCAGUGUAGUGUCAUCAAUACAACAUGACUGAGCCUUUUAUAAGGAGACAUGUUCCUCCAUCAGUGUCAUCAAUACAACAUGUCUCUUUACUCCUGUACAUCCAUCAGUGUCAUCAAUACAACAUGACUGAGCCUUUUAUAAGGAGACAUGUUCCUCCAUCAGUGUCAUCAAUACAACAUGUCUCCCUAUAAAAGGCUCAAUCAUUGCCUUUCCGAAUGUGGGUUAAUCAUGCACACUUUUGUCUUGAAGGUAUGCAGAUCUUUUACAGAGAAAAUCAAAGUCCUCAGGACUUGGUUGAGAGUCAUCGGGGUGUUAGCAGCUAGGCCAGCGAUGCUAAUUUACCAAUUUAGUGAGAUGGGUCAACAUACAGAUUUACUGUGACUUGACUCAGUGUUGAGGAAUUGGGAUGUCUGAGAUUAGAUGUACACUACCGUUCAAAAGUUUGGGGUCACUUAAAUGUCCUUGUUUUUGAAAGAUAAACACUUUUCCCCCCCCAUUUAAAAUAACUUCAAAUUGAUCAGAA